AUGGACGAUGAUCUGGUGGCCCAGUUCACUGAAAUUACUGGCUCAACACCCGAGCUUGCGACACAGUACUUGCAGCUCACCGAUUUUAACAUCGAGCAGGCCUUGCCACUCUAUUUUGAGAAUGGAGGAGCUCAGUUGACUGAACCUGCGCGACCAACCGAACGUGCCCGACACGAGGAUGAAGCUGGCGUAAUUCAUGUCGGCUCAGAUACCGAUGACGACAUCCGAGUUGGCGAAGAUUCCCUCCAAGACACCAACGCAACAUUCGAAGACGAUGCUGCCAUGGCCCGUCGCCUCCAAGAGGAAAUGUAUGGCGGUGGAGGUGCAAACAACCUCGAUGAUGACGGAGUGCGGGCGCCUAUGGCGCGUACAACCGAGACGUUAGUGGGGCCAGAAGCUGAUGAUGCGGAUUUUCCUGCCGACAUUUUUAGCCAGAUGCGCUCUCGUAGUGACCGUCGUGGUCGACCUGGCAUAUUCAACCAGCGUGACACUUCAUCAAUAUGGAACCAAGGCUCUGCUGCAUCGCACCAGGAACAACUCUCGAGAGCGACCGGUGGUGCGUCGGACGAAUCCAACAAAUCUAAUAUGCUUGCAGAGAUGUAUCGCCCCCCGUUUGAGAUCAUGUCACGGCUCCCGUGGGAUGCGGCCCGCCAAGAAGGAAAAGACAACCAAAAGUGGCUGCUGGUCAACAUUCAGGACUCCUCCAUAUUUGACUGCCAAGUCUUGAAUCGCGAUCUUUGGAAAAACAAGGCUGUUCAGGAGACAGUCAAGGAACAUUUUAUCUUUCUACAAUUCUCGAAGGACGACCCUCGAGCUUUGUCAUAUCUUCAAUACUACUUUCAAGGCCACAACGUCUCUGAUAACUUCCCCCACAUCUCCAUUGUUGACCCUCGAACUGGUGAGCAAAUGAAGGUGUGGUCCGGAGCUCCUGUUGUGAAGUCCUCGGACUUUCUUAUUCAACUCCACGAGUUCCUUGAUCGUUACAGCUUGAACAACAACGUGCGCAAUCCUAUCGCGAAGCGAAAAUCAGAGAAGAAAGAGGUGAACCUUGACGCGAUGACCGAAGAAGAGAUGAUGGAGUGGGCCCUGCGAAACAGUCUGGGUGAAGAGCAGUCCUCGGAGCGGAAGACGGAAGACCUCGACGACCUAACCCGCAGCAUCGACGAUGUUAAGGGCAAAGCCCGGGCGACAGAUGAGGAUGACACAAUGGAUGAAAAAGCAGACGACCCAGAAAGCUCUGCAUUUUCCGCUAUCCCUAGUGACCAACUGCACACCGAGCCUGCAGUCGAUCCAGCCACGACUACCCGGAUUCAAUUCCGCCACCCAUCUGGCCGCAUCAUUCGGCGGUUCGCACUGGCCGACCCAGUUCAACGCAUUUAUGAAUGGCUUAAGGCCGAACCUCUUGAAGACAAGGCGGGUGUGGCAUUUGAGCUGAACGCGAUGGGACGCAACCUCAUGGACAAGCUUAGCACGAGCAUUGAAGAUGCGGGAUUGAAGAACGGCACAGUCAUGAUCGGUUUUCUUGAGGAUUAG